CUGCAGGCAAAAAUAAUUUCAGCAUGGUACAACAUUUAGUGGAGACCUAUCCCAGUCAGCUUGAUGAGAAGUAUCAGAAAGUUUGGGAUGCAUUGUUAUUCUGUUGUGCUAGUGGAUCUAUUGAGAUAUUUAAAUAUUUGGUUCAGAACGGAAUAGACACAGCAACGACGACACAUCAAGAGGUAACAUGUCUUAUUGUUGCAGUCAUUAGCAAGAACCUCGACGUGAUUAAAUACAUUGCAACGAAUUAUGAGGAGCAGUUAUUGAAGUUUAGCCAAACUCUAUUUUCGUGUUGUUGUGAAUAUAUGAAUAUAGAAAUAUUUCGAAUCAUCGUGACUGAAUCAAUGUUGAAAAAUGAUUUUUUAAACUACGCUAAAAUGAUAUUUAACAAUAAUGAUGCUCUCAGUAUGUAUUUUAUAGAGAAAUAUCCAACUCAACUGAGUGCGAUGAAAAGGUGGACCCGCUACCAAGUGUAUGCGUCCGCGGAAGUCUGAAAGUAUUCGAUGCUUUGAUAUCUUUAGGAUUCGAUCCCAACCGUACUCAUACAAGAGGUCGUACAUGUCUGAUGUACGCUGCAGGUGGUGGGCAUCAUGCCCUUGUGCAACGUAUCUUAAGCUUGUCAUCAGUUGAUAUCCAUGCUACAGAUGAUGAUGGAUGUACAGCAUUACAUAAAUGCCAAUCGCUCGAUACAUCAUGGGAGUACCUUGUUAAAGCGGGACUGUCACAGAAGAAUUUCAAUAAAAACGGCAGAAGUCCUAUCCAAGAAGUAAGCAAAACAUCGAAAAAUAUCCGAAAAGGAAACGUAGGGCAAUUAAUUGCUGAGGGAUUCGUUAAAGUUGCUGAUGUUGCUCUGAAAGCAUAUAGCGGCAACGCUCUACAACAAUAUCUUUUACUGUUUAAUGGGGUGACCGAGAAGUACCGCCAUAUUCGUGUUGUGUUCCUUGGUCCAGAAGGAGCUGGAAAAACGACACUUUGUCAACGACUACAAAGAGCACAAGUUGAUAUGUCACAGCGCUGUCCAACUAAUGGUGGCAAUAUAUAUCAGCAGUUGUUCAAGGUGGAGAUGGAUACAAAACGCUGGUUGAGGAUGGAAAUAGAGUUAGCAAUUACCGGAAGAUUUGGAGUUUUAUUCAAAGAAAAUCAGGUGCUAGAGAGUAAUGUAACGAAAGAAAUCAUUGAGGAAGAUGUUGAUGACACGGUUUGGACACCUUCAACUAACAGACACAGAUCCGGAAACCUCGAUUACGCUAAACUACAAGAAGAAGGACCAACGUGUGGAAAGGCCUUAGCAUUAAUGUCUCCAGAGGAAACGAGAAAUGCAAUGGCAAGUCGCACUGGGAACAGAAGAGAUGACGGAAAGGCCUGUGUAUCAGCAUCAAAAGAGAAAAUAAACACAACGGCAGAUCCAUUUGGAAGGAGUAGAGAUGAAGUAAAAUGGAAUACCGACGCUGAAACAACACUAACAACAAAACUUGAACAAAUGGUUCCGCUCUUCAAUAAAAUCAAGAGAGAUUUUUCAUUGGAGGCGUUUACAUCUAAAGUAGCAGCCGACACUUCCCCAGAAUCCUUUGCGUUCCUGUCCCUGUGGGAUAUGGGCGGCCACUUUGCGCUUCAGCCUUCCGUUCAUGUCUUCAUAAGUGGUCAUGGUGUUUACAUCAUCACGAUCAACAUGCUGGAAUGUCUGCAAGACGAACGGGAAGUCGAAAAGAUUCGAAACUGGAUUCGGAUUGUCGGUACUGUGUCAUCCCAUUACACAACAAACAAACGCCGACAGAGCCACCCUCCAAUUAUCAUUGUGGGGACACAUAUGGAUCUAGUGAGGCAGAAGUUCAAGGAUCAACUAAAAAGAGAACAAAGGAUAAAAAAUUUGGAAGAUGCCAUUUGUCGUUUACCGGAAACAUCGAAAAACAAAGGACGUACAAAGUAUUCAUUCUUGCACUUUCUUAAGGUCGAUAAUUCUAUACAGGACGAUCCAGUUUUUGAAAAAUUGCGAGAAAUCAUUCUUGAUGCAGCUGAACUCCAAGACCAAUGGAUGAGAGAAAUUCCAGCAAACUGGAUUUCGUUGGAAAGAGAAAUACUACAUACCAGGACUAGUUACCCUGUUUUAACUUUAGAGGAAGUGGCUGAACUGGAUGCCAAUUGUGAAAAACCUAUAGAAGAUAAAGCGGCAAUUAGCUUAUUUCUAGAGUUUUUGGACUGCAACAGGUCGGUGAUUUACACCACCGAAUUUGACACGGUGAUUACCAAUCCACAGUGGCUUCUAGAUGCAUUUAGUGUCGUCAUCACUGAUGUUCAGUUCAUGCCAAAUGAAACUAACAUUCUUUUAAAAAGUGAUCUUCAGUUAUAUCAGGAAAAAGGUUUGUUGACACACAGUCUCGUACAGGAACUGUUCGAAAAAAGUGGCAAUGAAACACAUCGCAAUCAUUUGGAUAUCAUUUUGAAACAUUUUGUUUGGUUUGGAAUGAUAGUGAAGAACGUCGUCUCUGAGCAUAAGUUUGGACAGUCAGGUGACGACAACGCAUACAUUGUUCCAAGCAAGUUGGAGACAUUGGCCAAUUCCAACGAAAUCGAAUAUGUGAUCCAGACCGAAGCAAGAAUAGUUACAAAAACGUUGUGUUUCCAGUUCAAAGGGGACUUAAUACCACUCGAAACAUUCGAUAAGGUAUAUGCUGGUAUUCUUCAAGAAUAUGACCCUCUUAGAUUAACAUCAAGACCAUGUCCAGACAACUGGUUUCAAAAGAUCACAUAUAUCUCACUAGGUAUAUUAAAAGAUUCAGAAGAAAAGGAGACCAAAAGUAUCUACCGGAAUUUUGGUUGCUUUGCUGUCGACGAUUCGACGAACAUGAUUGUGUCUAUGCACUGGGAGCAAUCCUGCAUCGCCAUCACUCUGUUUAGUCACAUAGAUAACACUAUUCCCGGAACAGUAGCACCGUCAAUUCGUCGAAAGCUUGAUGAUAUUAUAAAGAAAACACUGGGUGUGUGCAAACAGGACAACAUAGCCUACGAAUACAAACUACAUUGCAGCUAUCAGAUUGACCACGGAGACAAACCAAGGGACCGUACCGCUAUCCUUGGAACAGAGGGCGGUGUACAAUGUCUAGGUAAAGAAUGUGGGAGGAAACAUAAUUUAUGCAAGGAGGACUGGAUAUUCUGGCUACCAGACUUAGGUGGUUCACCAGCACAGGAUUCAAAAACACAAACGGACAUAAAACACCUACACGCCGAAAUGAUAAGGAAAUUAUCGUUAUAUAUCAACCCCAGACUACCCGAAGACUGGAAAACCUUUCAGACGUCAAUGGAACAACAUUUAGGUCGAGUGGAUAUUUUUGGAAUAGACGUGACUGGACUAUCCGACAUAUGUAGGACACUGAUGGACAAACAUAUCAUACGCUAUGGAGAGUAUGCCGCGCUACGUUCUUCAGUGGAAGACAUACAUGUAAAGGCUACUACGAUCAUUGAUGACGCCACAUCAGAAAUCGACAAAAUCAAACACCAGGGACAAUGAGGACGUCAAUUCCUCCUGAAUCUUAGCUGUCCAAAUCACUACCGAUGACGUCAGAGAAUCAUUUUUAUUCAGUUGCUUUUACACAUUCGAGGCACGCCACUAAAUGACUGUUAUAAGGACGCUAACACCAGUCAAGCCAAUCUUCCUGCGGCUGGCUUCAUAAAACGGUUGAGGGAAAUGACUAACGUACAAUGUAUUGGCCGAAAUCUAGAGACAACUUGUGAUGCUAAGUCAGCAGCACUAGACCGAGAGAGAGCGUCGAUGUGGACUCCCGCCAUCAAUGACGUCAACACAUGAUUCAAACUCGAGUACAUUUGGAGAAAGGGCUUUGUGUACAAUAAGUCAGGAAUUCUCCGAGUGUCAAGUUAACCUGAAGGUGCCUUGUUACUGAUGAUAUUCAGAUAGUUCAAAUGUAUUGAAGAUUCAUAAAAUCUCGAUCAUCUGGAUCAUCUGAAACUAAUAAAUCAUUUGGAUUACUUCUCCAGGAUUGGAUUACCUGCAUCAUCUAUCGGUUGGAUUACUCAACCAGAUAUGGCGCUUUAAUAAAUACAUAUAAUUUUGAUAGGAUGGAGCACCUGUAUCAUCUGUAACUUAUACAUCAUUUGGAUUACUCUACCGGGAUUGGAGCACCUGGAUCGUUUAAAACUAAUUCAUCAAUUCGAUUAUUCAACCAGCAAUGGAGCACCUGGAUCAUCUGUAAAAUUACAUAAUUUGGAUUACUUUACCAGGAAUGGAGUACCUGGAUCAUCUUUAAAAAUACAUCAUUUUGAUUACUCUACCGGGAUUGGAGCACUAGGAUCAUCUGUAACAAAAACAUAAUUUGGAUUACUUUACCAGGAUUGGAGAACCUGAAUCAUCUGUAAAAAUACAUCAUUUUGAUUACUCUACCGGGAUGGAGCACCUGGAUCAUUUAAAACUAAUUUAUCAAUUCGAUUACUCAACCAGCAAUGGGGCACCUGGAUCAUCUGUAAAAAAGCAUCAUUUGGAUUACUCAACCAGGAUUGGAGAACCUGAAUCAUCUGUAAAAAUACAUCAUUUUGAUUACUCUACCGGGAUGGAGCACCUGGAUCAUUUAAAACUAAUUUAUCAAUUCGAUUACUCAACCAGCAAUGGGGCACCUGGAUCAUCUGUAAAAAAGCAUCAUUUGGAUUACUCAACCAGGAUUGGAGAACCUGAAUCAUCUGUAAAAAUACAUCAUUUUGAUUACUCUACCGGGAUGGAGCACCUGGAUCAUUUAAAACUAAUUUAUCAAUUCGAUUACUCAACCAGCAAUGGGGCACCUGGAUCAUCUGUAAAAAAGCAUCAUUUGGAUUACUCAACUAGGAAUGGAGCACCUGGAUCAUCUGUAGAAAUACAUCAUUUGGAUUUCUCUACAGGGAUUUGAGCACCUGGAUCAUCUGUAAAAUUACAUAAUUUGGAUUACUUUACCAGGAA